AUGCCCCGAGCUAUCAGAGGCGUUCUGGUCGAGUGCGAUCCCUCCAUCAAGUCCAUCAUCGUCAAGAUCGACGCCCAGGACCACGCCUUCAUCGUUGAGGAGCUUGAUGACCAGACUUUGGUGAUCAAGGAGAACAUGUUGACACUGCUGAAGCAGAAGCUUGAUGUCAUCCUCGCGGAGACUCAAACGGUGCCGGAUGAUUCUGAUAAGGAGAUGGAUUAA